AUGGAUUACAAAGUGUCAUCUUCUUCGGGAGGUUGCUUACAUGGAAAGUUUAUCGAUGCAACACCAUUUGCAAGCUCAGAUAAGAAGGCUAACUCAGGCAACGAAUAUAAAUCCAGUUCGCUUGUCGAUGAACUAGGUUCCAUGUUAACUGAUUGUGGGUUUAAUUAUCAUGGUUUAGAGGUCCUGUACAGUGGAGUUUACGGGACAGAACUAACGUGUGAGAUAUUUAUUGGGCCUGUUUAUUAUCAGCGACUCCGGCAUAUGGUUUCAGACAAAUAUCAG